AUGAGCCGGAUUCAACCCCUAGACAUCUCCAUCAACCGGUGCUUCAAGGCGGGGGUGCGCGCACGCUACGCCAUGUGGUUUAUGCAUGAAGGGUUUCACAUGAAGACAAAGCAGGGGAACCUGCGGAGGCCUCCGCACCUCGUGGUGCUGCAGUGGAUUUUGGAGGCGUGGGAUCAAGUCCCCAAGCAGGUCAUCAUUGACGCGUUCCGCCAUUGUGGGAUUUCAAGCAAGUUGGACAGGACGGAGAACCACUUCAUGAUGUCUCACCUGCGCGCGAGGAGCACCACCGAUGUCUCUGAGGACAUGUGCAUCGAGGGGACCACGUGCGACAAUACGCGCCUGCUUGGGCAAGCUAUUGAGGAGGAGGAGGAGGAGGAGGAGGAGGAGGAGGAGGAGGAGGAGGAGGAGGAGGAGGAGGAGGAGGAGGAGGAGGAGGAGGAGGAGGAGGAGGAGAUGCAUGCGAAGGGCAUCAGAGAGGUGGCCAUGGCAACCGGCCUGGAGGUGCUGUACCAAGAGACCCUUAACUACCACAGAGCGGCGGCCGAGGCUGACCACGUGAUUGAGCCAAGGCAGACAGCUAGGCAUGUCUCGCGAGUGCCAGACCUGGGUGUUAGGGAGCCUGAUGUUUGUGCAGAUAAGGAGGCCAUGACGGAGGGGGGCUAG